GAUUCUUCAACAACAACAAAAUCUGGUCAACCAUCUCGGUAGCUUGCUAGCCAACAUAUCCGAAAUAUUGGAGCUCUUUAGACGCUUUCGGUGAUUAUUAACCACUGUGUUUGAAACAUUUCCGUCGUAUCUACUAGUUUCCACAUUUAAUUGCAAUUGUUGUUGUUAGUCAGCUAACUGGCUGGUUAAAGUAGCUUUAGGCUAGUCGCUAGCUAACUAAUAUCAUCGACCAUGAGCUCACUAAUGUACUCCCCCUCUGCUAAAGAAGAGGUCUGUUUGACGGAGAAAGAAACCAUCGUGAAAUUGGAGAAUGAAGAAGAGGCCGUCACCGUAAAAAAAGAGGUAGAGGGUGAGUCUGUUACAGUGAAAGAAGAAGAGAAAGAAGUUACAGUGAAAGAAGAGGACGAAGCUUUCCGAGUGAAAGAGGAGGACGUUACAAUGAAAGAAGACAAAGAGGAAAAUAAAAAUGUGGAUGCCGUUUUUGGAGUUAAAGAGGAGGAGAAUGAUAUGACCGUCGCAGUGAAGGAAGAGGAAUACGUUUUUGGAGUGAAGGAGGGGGAGAUUACUGUCACAUUGGAGGAGGAGACUGGCGAUCUGAUUAGCACCAGGGAGAGACCAGACUCUUACUCUGAAAGUGGGACGAGUCCCUCAGAGGAACCAGACCCAGAGACGUCCAAACCAGCAAGACCACAUCACUGCUUUCAGUGUGGAAAGAGAUUUAUCCAGUUAGGGCACCUGAAAGAACAUAAGAGAGUGCACACAGGGGAGAAGCCUUACCACUGCUCCCAAUGCGAAAAGAGAUUUUCCUCAUCAGGGUCCCUGAAAUCACAUGAGAAAACGCACUCAGGAGAGAAGCCUUUCCAAUGCUCCCAGUGUGGAAAGAGUUUUACCCGGUUAGGGAGCCUGAAAAAACAUGAGAGAAUACACACUGGAGAGAAGCCCUAUCAAUGCGCUGAGUGUGUAAAGAGUUUUAGCUGGUUAGAGCAUCUAGAAGAACAUAAAAGAAUACACUUAUGUGAAAAGCCCUACCAAUGCUCCCAAUGUGGAAAUAGUUUUACCCGGUUAGGGCAUCUGGAAGAACAUAAAAGAAUACACUCAGGAGAGAAGCCCUAUCAAUGCCCCCAGUGUGGCAAGAGUUUUACCCGGUUAGGGAGCCUGAAAAAACAUGAGAGAAUACACUCAGGAGAGAAGCCCUACCAAUGCUCCCAGUGUGGAAAGAAUUUUACCCAGUUAGGGAACCUAAAAGAUCAUAAGAGAAUACACACAGGAGAGAAGCCUUUCCAUUGCUCUCAGUGUGGAAAGGGUUUUACCCAAGCAGGGUACCUGAAGUCACAUAAGAGGACACACACAGGAGAAAAGCCUUACCAUUGUUCCCAGUGUGGAAAUCACUUCUCCACAUCAAGUAACCUGAAAAAACAUGAAAGAAUACACUCAGUAGAGAAGCCUUUCCACUGUUUUCAUUGUGAAAAGACUUUUAAGAAGUUAGGGAAACUGAAACAACAUGAGCAAAGACACACAAGCGAGAAACCUAUUUCAACUGCUCUUCCUGUGGAUUGAAAUGUACCUGUUUAAAGCAACUGCAAUCACAUGAAAUAAUCCACAUCAGAGAGAAAAUGUAUCAAUGCUCCUAGUAGCUAGGUUUCCAU